CCUGCCAGCCCCAGCUCCCUCCCACAGCCCCGACUGCUCCACAGCACUGCCCCUGCAUUCACAUCCCCUGCACAGCUCGGCACAGAGGCGUGAGACACGGGGCCCCUGCCAUUGCUCUGCCAGGCUCUGGGACCCCCCCAUCUCCUCCACCAAGAGCACCAGGCUAGAACCAAGCAGUGACUGGGCCCCACAGCCAGCUUGCGAGAAUGCUGCUACUUCUGCUCCUUGUCGGUGUUCUCUGCCACCAGGGAGAUGGGGCAGCCCUGCACACCUUCACCAUGAUUCAGCUCGCCCACCUCCCGAACAGCAACACCAUUGAAUUUUUGGGAAACGCCACUCUGAACGGGGUACUGACCCACAGCCUGCAGGGCUUCAAUGCCAGCCAGCUGCUCCCACUGGAGCCCCCAGCACAGUGGCAGGAGAUGGAGCGCAGCCUGCAGACUUACUUACACUCCUUCCAUGCCCUCGUGCUAGUGAUCACCAAGGAGAGGAAGGUGCAGUACCCCCUGUACUUGCGCUGCAAGCUGGGCUGCCAGCUUUCCCCUGAUGGCACCUCCCACAGCUUCUAUGAGGUGGCACUCAACGGAGACGACUUCCUGAGCUUCCGAGCGGCCAAUGCCAGCUGGGUGCUACCGGGCCACAAGGAGGAGGACAAUCUGGCCACAUUCGCUCAUGCCCAGGUGAGCCUGUACCCAGAGACCACUUCCAAGCUGCAGUCCUUCCUGGAGACGACGUGCAUGGAGUUUGUGAGGCGGCACAGCAAGAUGGAUGGCGCCAGGACUGAAGGACAGCACAGGCGCUCGCACACUCCUCUGGCGCUGGGCAUCACCUUGGGAGCCUUCGCCCUGGCAGCCUUGGCCAUAGGAGUCUUCCUCUGCACGGGAGGGUGGAGUAGUGGCACCAGAGGCGGCCACGCCCCAGCCAGCCCUCACGGUACAGUGUGUGGGGGGGCUCGGCAGCUGCCACCCCCCGGCAAGGGGAGGGGAACGCUGCUCAGUCCCCACAGCUGAUCAGCUCUGCAUGUGGAUCACCGCCCCUAAAGUACCAGCUCCCCUGCUAUGUGCCAGACAUGGGGCAACACCCAUCCACAGCUCCCACAUCCUGUUCUUGUAGUCACCCCCAGCCCCAGCCAGCAGCCAUCUGGCUGCCCUCUCCCGUUCCUCGCCUGUCCCUCUAGGGGAACCCAGGGCCCCGAGCAGUGACUCAGAUACCAAGGAGCCCUCCUAGGGCCACGGCAGGAUUGGGCCCUUUGUCCAUCCUUGGGGGGCUUUGCCUAGGCCUGGUUUGGAAUGUUCCCAGCGAGGGCCUCGGUCCUUCUGGGGCAGGGGAUGUGGUUGGAGACGCGGCCAGGACCUUUGCAUGGUCUAGGGUGAGGGCUGUUCCAUUAACACACAGAUUUCUGGCAGAGGAGCUGCCCAUUCUGGGCCAGAAAUGGGGAGAGUGGCGUGGCAUGGGGGCAUCUCAGCACCCAGGCCAGUUGAGGCUGAGCUGCGAAGGAGCAGGUCUGACCAUGCCAGAGAGGAAGCCAACACACUCCCAGGGGCAAACCUGGCAUCACCGAGCCCGGUGGGGCAAGCUCAGGCACUAGCACUGGGCGAGGAGAGGGCAGCUGGAACAUUAGCCAGCCCCUCCCCUUUGGUGGCGGGGGAGAGCCAAGCCUGACUCCUAGGCAAGGCCUCACAGACGCUCCCAGUGCUUCUCCUUUGACUGGGCGAGGGCACGGGGAGGGGGCGGGUGGUUGCAACCAGUGGCGCUGGGCAUGGCCAUCUGGGUGCCGGUGUGCUUGGGUCCUGAUGCUGUUGGCACUCAGCCUGGUCAGGGAUGGUUCAGUCUGUGCUCUGUUACCCUAAAGCUGGUGCUGUGCAUCCAGAGGGGACUGUGUGAAUAGCUAACAAGUUCUUGACACUGCCUGGCGGUGACCCUGAGUCAGCUCAGGAGCCCACCUGCUCCCUUGCCAACCUGAGAGUGGUUCUGCCUCACAAAGAGAGGAUUCAAUUGUUUGGAGGAACCAUGUUGAGGCAAUGCAGCUCAGUGAACCUGCUGGAUGAAGACAUGAAGGAUUCCACAUUCGCAGGGGUCAAAAGAAAAGGGUUGCCAACCCUUCACGACUGGCCUGGAGUCUCCAGGAAUGAAAGAUGAAUCUAAACAUUAUGUCAUGUAAAGAAACCUCCAGGAAUAUGUCCAACCAAAAUUGACAACCCUAAAAAGCAUGAGUCAGGCUGCAAAAAAGGCACAGGACCUAAAACUCUAAUAAAUGCUGGAUUCGUUUGA